AUGGAAUUCGUCACCGCCCUUCGGGCGACCUUUGACGACAACAAGCCGUCGUUAUUCGAGCUUCUUUCCGAGCAGCAACUCAACAGCUUACUCCCACCCACACUACGAUACCUCCUCACAGUCGCUACACAGAGACAUCCACGGUACCUACUGCGAAUGCUCAACUCCUUCGAUGAGCUUUAUGCGCUUUCUAUGCUUGUUGUCGAACGACACUAUCUACGGACUCGCGGUGGGUCCUUUACCGAGAACUUCUACGGUCUGAAACGAGACAAGGCCUUACGGGGCGAGAUACCCCGGGCGAGCAUCGCUGCCCCCCAUAUUGUUCGAGAAACCCUGAAACUGUCCUCGUCGGAUGUGUGGAAGAAUCUUGCGGUCCUUGUCGGUGUGCCGUAUCUGAAGCGCAAAUUAGACGAGAGCUACGAAAUCAAUGCCCCGAGAGCGCUGCUUGGCUCUGCCUACACCCGUAUGCCGCAAAAUCCAACCCUCAAGGACCGCUUCGGGCAUUAUUAUCGAUGGUUCUUGACCCACAUGUACCCGAGCGUCAACGCUGCCUACUGCUUCGCCAUCCUGGCCUUUAAUCUCGGGUACCUCUUUGAUCGGAUCAAGUACCACCAUCCUCUCAUGUGGCUCAUCGGAACACGGCUUCGUCGAAUGACAGGUGCAGAUCUUCAAGCAAUUGAGGCCCUAUCGAAGAUGAAGCCGAAGCCGAAGUCGGGAAACAGACCUGGCUGGCAGUCGUUCUUUUCGCCGAGCGCAAUCGCAUCCAACGCGCUUUCGAGCCUUUCACUUCUGCUUCCAAUGAGCAUAUUCGCCCUCAAGUUCUUGGAAUGGUGGUACCAGUCAGAUUUUGCAAAGCAACUGUCACGCAAAGCCACGGAAAACAUUCAACUGCCGCCUCCUGUCGUAAGUGGGGUCGAGAAGAAAUCAAGAUCGAUGGAGGAGAAAGGGUUAGGGAACGAAGACAGCGAUGAGGGUACUCCGGGCCCCGAGACGGACGUUGACGAGAACGUCACUGCCGAGGCUGCCCCUGUGGCCAUUUCAUCCAUGUUGCCAAUAUACGUGGUGUCAUGUCCCAAAGAUACCUCGCUUUGUCCGAUUUGCAGGGACGAUAUCGUUACCCCUACAGCAUGCCAGACGGGCAUCGUGUACUGCUACACGUGUAUCCAUAGAUGGGUAGAAGGGACGCAUGCCAAACAAGAGAGGUUUAUGGAGAAACGCGGUCGAACGUGGGAGAGCGGCAUGGGACGUUGCGCAGUCACAGGAAAACGCGUCCUCGGCGGAACGGAGGGGUUGCGUAGAAUCAUGAUUUGA